CUGGAGUGUAGAUUCAAGCUGAACUCCUAUAAAAUGGUAUAUGUGAUCAAGUCAGAGGAUUACAUGUAUCGGAGGACUGCCUUACUUCGGGCUCAUCAGGCUGCGGACUGCGCGGGGAGCAAGAAGAGUCUUCCGGGAAGAGAAGUGGGCGCACAACAAUGGCGGCAGUGCCGGCCCUGAAGCACUGGCGCACCACGCUAGAGCGGGUGGAGAAAUUCGUGUCGCCACUCUACUUCACCGACUGUAACCUCCGCGGCAGGCUCUUCGGCGACAGCUGCCCAGUGGCCGCACUCUCCAGCUUCUUGACACCGGAGAGGCUUCCCUACCAGGAGGCGGUCCAGCGGGACUAUAGCCCCGCGCAGGUCGGCGACAGCUUCGGACCCACGUGGUGGACCUGCUGGUUCCGGGUGGAGCUGAUUAUCCCAGAGGCAUGGGUGGGCCAGGAAGUUCACCUUUGCUGGGAAAGUGAUGGAGAAGGCCUGAUCUGGCGUGAUGGGGAACCUGUUCAGGGUUUGACUAAAGAGGGUGAAAAGACCAGUUAUGUCCUGACUGACAAGCUAGGAGAAGGAGAUCCCCGAAACCUGACCCUCUAUGUGGAAGUAGCCUGCAAUGGGCUCCUGGGGGCUGGAAAGGGGACUAUGAUUGCAGCCCCUGACCCUGAGAAGACAUUCCAGCUAAGCCGGGCUGAGCUGGCUGUGUUCCACCGGGAUGUGCACAAACUCCUGGUGGAUCUGGAGCUUCUGCUGGGCAUAGCCAAGGGCCUCGGGGAGAACAACCAGCGAAGCUUCCAGGCCCUGUACACAGCCAACCAGAUGGUGAACUUGUGUGAUCCUGCCCAGCCCCAGACUUUCCCAGUGGCCCAGGCCCUGGCCUGCAAGUUCUUUAGCCAACGUGGAGGUGAAAGCCAACAUACCAUCCAUGCUACAGGACACUGCCACAUUGAUACAGCCUGGCUUUGGCCCUUCAAGGAGACUGUGCGGAAAUGUGCCCGGAGCUGGGCCACAGCCGUGCAGCUCAUGCAGCAGAACACUGAGUUCAUCUUUGCCUGUUCCCAGGCACAGCAGCUCGAGUGGGUAAAGAGCCGCUACCCUGGCCUGCAUGCCCGGCUCCAGGAGUUUGCCUGCCGUGGGCAAUUUGUGCCCGUGGGGGGCACCUGGGUGGAGAUGGAUGGGAACCUUCCCAGUGGAGAGGCCAUGGUGAGGCAGUUCCUGCAAGGCCAGAACUUCUUUCUGCAGGAGUUUGGAAAGAUGUGCACUGAGUUUUGGCUGCCAGACACAUUCGGUUACUCAGCACAGCUCCCCCAGAUCAUGCGCGGCUGUGGCAUCAAGCGUUUCUUGACACAGAAAUUGAGCUGGAAUUUGGUGAACUCCUUCCCGCACCAUACCUUUUUCUGGGAGGGGCUGGAUGGCUCCCAAGUGUUGGUCCACUUCCCACCUGGAGAUUCAUAUGGAAUGCAGGGCAACGUGGACGAGGUGCUGAAGACUGUGACCAACAACAGGGACAAGGGGCGGACCAACCACAGUGCCUUCCUCUUCGGUUUUGGGGAUGGAGGUGGUGGCCCCACUCAGACUAUGCUGGACCGCUUGAAGCGGCUGAGCAAUACUGACGGGCUGCCCAGGGUGCAGCUGUCUUCCCCAGCCCAGCUCUUCACGGCACUGGAGAGGGACUCAGGACAACUGUGCACAUGGGUCGGGGAGCUCUUCCUGGAGCUGCACAAUGGCACCUACACCACCCAUGCCAAGCUCAAGAGGGGGAACCGGGAGUGUGAGCGGAUCCUGCAUGACGUGGAGCUGCUCAGCAGCCUGGCCCUGGCCCGCAGUGCCCAGUUCCUAUACCCAGCGGCCCAGCUACAGCACCUCUGGAGGCUUCUACUCCUCAACCAGUUCCAUGAUGUAGUGACUGGAAGCUGCAUCCAGCUGGUGGCAGAGGAGGCCAUGAGCCACUAUGAAGACAUCCGUUCCCAUGGCAAUACACUGCUCAGCACUGCAGCCGCAGCCCUGUGUGCUGGGGAGCCAGGUCCCGAGGGCCUCCUCAUUGUCAACACACUGCCCUGGAAGCGCACCGAAGUGUUGGCCUUGCCCAAGCCCGGUGGGGCCCACAGCCUAGGUUUCUGGAAGGUCAGGGAAGCUGAUGUCCAGAUCUCAUCCCCAGCCCUGGUGACAGUGCCCAGCAUGGGCUAUGCUCCUGUUCCCACCCCCACCUCACUGCAGCCGCUGCUGCCUCAGCAGCCUGUGUUUGUGGUGCAAGAGACCGAUGGUUCUGUGACUCUGGACAACGGCAUCAUCCGGGUGAAGUUGGACCCUACUGGCCGCCUUAUGUCUCUAGUCCUGGUGGUCUCUGGCAGGGAGGCCAUUGCUGAGGGUGCUCUGGGCAACCAGUUUGUGCUGUUUGAUGAUGUCCCCUUGUACUGGGAUGCAUGGGAUGUCAUGGACUACCACCUAGAGACACGGAAGCCUGUGAUGGGCCAGGCAGGGACCCUAGCAGUGGGCACUGAGGGUGGCCUUCGAGGCAGUGCCUGGUUCCUGUUACAGAUCAGCCCCAACAGUCGGCUCAGCCAGGAGGUUGUGCUGGACGUUGGCUGCCCCUAUGUCCGCUUCCACACUGAGGUGCACUGGCAUGAGGCCCACAAGUUUCUGAAGGUGGAGUUCCCUGCCCGUGUGCGGAACCCCCAGGCCACCUAUGAGAUCCAGUUUGGGCACCUGCAGCGGCCCACGCACUACAACACCUCUUGGGACUGGGCUCGAUUUGAGGUAUGGUCCCACCGCUGGAUGGAUCUGUCAGAGUACGGCUUUGGGCUGGCCCUGCUCAACGACUGCAAGUAUGGUGCGUCUGUACAAGGCAGCAUCCUCAGCCUCUCUCUCCUGAGGGCACCUAAGGCCCCUGAUGCCAGCGCUGACAUGGGGCGCCAUGAGUUCACCUAUGCGUUGAUGCCACACAAGGGCUCCUUCCAAGAUGCUGGUGUUAUCCACGCUGCCUAUGACCUCAACUUCCCCCUGCUGGCGCUACCUGCCCCAGGCCCUGCGCCUGCCACCACCACCUGGAGUGCCUUUUCCCUAUCCUCAUCAGCAGUCGUGUUGGAGACCGUCAAACAGGCAGAGAGCAUGCCCCAGAGCCGCACUCUGGUCCUCAGGCUGUAUGAGGCCCACGGCAGCCAUGUUGACUGUUGGCUGCAUACAUCGCUGCCAGUUCAGGAGGCCAUCCUGUGCAACCUCCUGGAGCAGCCAGACCCUGCUGGCCACCUGCUCCUUCGGGACUCCCGCCUGAAGCUCACCUUUUCUCCCUUCCAAGUGAGGUCUCUGUUGCUUGUGCUUCAUCCUCCACCAAAUUGAGCCCCUGGGGGACUCCUCAUCUCUGCCUCCCCUGCUUGAGCAAGGAUCAGUCACCUCUUGUACAAUAAAUACUUGGAUCAAUAGCCUUGAGC